UAAGUACCACAGAGCUAUCCAGUCCCUGUAUAACUGAUGGGCUGUCUUUGUAGAGGAGCCUGAUUUCGAUCACCCCUCAGUUGCUUCAUUAGUUGGAUUGGUGCUAAGUAAUCCCGAACGCUAUGAGGACUACACCUAUGUACAGAUUCUCACAGAUGGUGGCCAGUUUUUCUUACUCAAGUAUAAAACAAAGGAGCUGUCCCCAGAGUACCACAAGCUUCUACGAAAAGAUAAUUAUGUUGUGGUUGGAAAUUGCUUUGGGCCAAAUGUUGCGUGUGGUGUGCCUGGAUACAGAAUCAGCCACAAUAGCAUGAUAUUCAUGACAGGGUGUUUCAGGGUGAAACAAAACCUCCUAGAUUCAUACUUUGAUGCUCCUGAGAUAUCUUUGAAGGAGGUUCUCAAAAGUGAGAGAUGGGUUCGCUGCUCGUUACGUGGAAGAGUCACUUCUUACCAGCUAGUAAGAAGCACAGGAGGUAAAAAAUCUGAAAAAUCUGAAUUCAUGCUUGAGCAAAAAGGUGAUGUGCUCAAGGUGAAAAUGUGGAACAGCAAAUCAGAAUUAAUUGUACAGAGUGAUGCAGGCAAGCUGGUCUUACUGAGGAAUAUGGUGAUAGACCUUUGGAAACUGAAGAAGUGGAAUAGAUACUCAGCAGUCAGCACUUUGGAAACCACAGUCACUUUCUUGGACCCACUGGUUAGCACAGAUUCUCCUGGAGGUGACCAUCCUCUUAGCAGAUCACCAAGCCCACUGACAAACACUGAAGAACCUAAAGAAAAAAAUGACUCAAAUAAAGAUGGCAAAGAGCCAAAUGUGGUAUCAUCAACUGACAAUGUUCAAGAUAAUAAAGCAGAUAAAACUGCCCUGAAUGAUUCUAAAGGAGAUGAGGGAGAUGUUGAUUUAUAUGGCGAUGUUUAAUAUUAGAUGUUUUCAAUUUGGAACACCAUAACCAAUCAUGAGCUUUGAUGCUAAAUCAGUUGAUCAUGAUGACUCUAAAUAAUUAAAGGACACAAUCGUACAGUGCCAAUGUUUUAAUUCAAAGUUUAUGAAAGUUAAGGCUGUUAUUUUUAAUUGAUGUGUAAUAUUUUAGUUUCCAAUGACAUUUAAUUUGAUUCUCAUUAUCACGUGAUCAUGCAAAUGAUACAUAAAACACUAAAGGGUGCUAUUUUAUGUAGUGAUACUAUUAAUGAGUGAACAUAUUCAUCAUCACUAGUAUAUAUUAUCACGGACAUAGUUGGAAAUCUUUGAGCGUAAAACUUUCAUUUUGAUAAAUGUUUUUAAAGCUAAGUAUAUAAAAACUAUAAUAUGAUUUUGGAAUAAAAAGUGAAGAUGGAAAUAGUGAUUUUAGUGAUUAAAUUUUAAUGAUAAAACAAAGCCUUGAGAUUAUGAAGUUGUUGGAAGUCUAAAGAGGAAAAUGUCAUACUAGACUAUGCAUAUCUAAAGAGAUAUGCUGGAAUGCUAAUAACACAAAAUAAAUCUCGAAAGUUUCAUCAAAGGAUGAAAUAAAAAGAAGGAAAGGAAACAACCUGUGUGAAUACAUGCAGGCUUAAAAAGAAAUCUGCUCUGCAAAACCUGUGAAACACCA